AUGGAUCUAUCAGCCAAUAAAUCCCAGUGUGACAUCACACAUGAUUGUGAUUGUGAUUCCACAAACAAAGAAAGACCAAGGAGGUAUAUAUCUAGGGCUCAAAUUGUCCUUGAAAUCGAGCCCAGUGUUAGGAAUAUCACAGUUUUAAAUGAUGCACAGAUUAAACUACAGAAAACAAUAAAGGAUAGAAGAGAAGAUGUAUCUGAAGUUCACAAGACACAUGAGAUACAGACAGAAGAUGGAAUGACUGAUGAGGGCAAUGCAAGUCAGAGUAAAAACAUUCAAGGGCUUGGUGUAAACAAUGCCAAAGGAGGAGAAGAUGUACCAAUCACUGGACAAAGCAGUUUAGAUGAAGAAAAAGCAAAAACACAGUUUGUUGGUCAAAAUAGUGUUCAAGUAAAAGAAAAGCGACCUAAAGAUGAUCAAAUUAGUCAACCUGCAAAUGCAAAGAGCAGAUCAACAAUAAUUGGUAAAAAUAGUGCACAAGCAAAGGAUAAAUCAUUAGCUAUAGGUCAAAACCAUAUGGGAAUGAAUGAAAAAGCACCACUGGCUGGUCAAAAUGCUAUACUCCCAAAAAGAAAACCAGCGAUUAGUCAUAAUAAUAUGCAAAUUAAAGAAAAGUCUCUCCCCAUAAAUAAUGUCCAAAUGAAUAAAGACACACCAACAAUUGGGCGUAACAGUGCUGCAGUCCCCAAGAAAGCAACAAUUCCAAGUUUGAGUGAACGUCAGCUGAAGAUCCGGGAAGUAAUGAAAAGCAAAGGGCUUAACUAUGAUGCAACUGGUAAUGCUGAGCCAACAAUGAAUAAAGAAGCAAUGGCUUCUGUUGGAUUGAAGCUUGCCGAGUACCAGAAUUCUGAUGACAAUGAUUCAUUGUUUGUGACAAAGAAUCAAAACACUGAGGCAUAUACAAGUCCGAAUAAAACAUUUUUGUUUGGGAGAAAAAGUAAAAAAGUUUCAAGAGAAAAGCCUGUUAAAGCUUUCAAUAAAGCUAUUAAUAAGAAAGAAAAGGAUCGAGAAAUAUGUUGUGCUAGUUCAGAUAAGACAGCCAUGGAGGAAGUUGAUAAAGGCAAAGGAUCUUGUGAUACUGUAAAAAAUGCCAUGCACGCCCCACGUAAAACUGAUAAAGACUCAGUUGAAUGUACAGCAAACUGUAUGAAAGAAAUCAAUAGUAAUGAUCUCAUUAUAUCUCAUGCUGCUCAAAACGAUGUCAUCAAACGACCUGGAAGUGUCAAAAACCACCGUGCUCAGUAUGGAGCUGCAAAACAACAUAAAUUGAACCACCAUGGUAACAAUUCUAAAGAUCACAUAGAUAAAUAUAUCCACAACAGCGUAGAGACUAAAGAUUCAGUUGUCCAUGAUGUAACUGAAAAACAUGUUAUAACCAAUGAUCCUGUUGAAAAUAUCAAGGAGCAUUGUGAUUCAACGGGGCAAGCUUUGGGAGAAGCUAAUGCUAUUGUUUCAAAUAAUUCCAUUGAAGAUAAACCAGAAGACAAUAAAAAUACUUUUCUUGAAGAUGCUGUUGAAAAUAAACCAGACUGUACGAUGAAUAAUGAAGAUCCAAAUGGGGAAGUUAUUAAAGAAUCUAGCAAAAUGUUUGCUAAAGACACUUUUGAAAGUAUAACAGACUAUACAAUUACUAACAAAGAGUCAAAUGGAGAAGUCUUUGAAAAAGAAUCUAGCAAUGCUUUGGCUAAAGACAAUGUUAAAAGUAUAUCAACACAUAACAACAAAGAAUCAACACAGCAAGAAAUUGAAGAAGAGAGUCACAACAAUAUUGAUGGAGACAAUAUUGAAAGUAUCACAGACCGUUGUGUGAAAUAUGAAGACACAACUGGACAAAUUGUAGAAAUUCAUGUUGACACUGGAGUAGUGGAAAUUGUUCGACCAAUUGCAAUUAGGCCAGUUACACUUGAUUUUGUCCCUGUAGAAUCUGAUAGCUCUGGCAUUGAUAGCGAUGGAGAGCAUGAUGAUGAUGAGCUUGUUGAUCCUGGUAAUUGUGAUAUUCUAAAUGAUGAAGAAAGGGAUAUACAUGAAGAUGGUGACAACAGUGUUAAAGGUCCUGAAGUGAUUAUUGAUGAUAUUGAAGAUGGUGAAAAUGGGCGAGUAUAUGAUGCUGAAACUAUUGAUAUUGAAAAUAUUGAACAUGAUGCAGUCCUUCAACAAGUUGAAGAAUUUUCUAAAGGUGAACAUCAUUUGGAUGUUGAGAAACAGAUUAUUACUGAAAGUCCAAAUGAUACAAAAAAGCAUAACGAGGAAUGUAACUAUAAGGAUGGUGCUAUGAGACAAGAUGAAAAUAAAAAACACAUUAUUGAUAAGGAUCCCAUACGUAAUAAUGACUCAGAUUUGGAUCAGCAUGAAGAUCAGAAUGAUGUAGAUAAUAGAAACAAACUUAAACCUGGUGGAAUGAUUUAUUCAGAUAGUUUGGAUACUGUGAUUGAGGAAUCAGAUGUUACAAAUGAGGCUGAUUCACCUGUUGCGGAUAAUAAUGAGGGAAAAUUCCACCAACAAUCUGACAAACAAUCUCUAUGUAAAACCUCGGUACAUUUAUUCCUUGACAAAGCAGACAAAGAAGAUAAAGCUGAAAAUGAUGCCACACCAAAUGAAUACAAUUUAGAUGGAAAAAACAAGGAUACUAUAAACCCAAAAGUGACUGAUAAAACGAUUGCUGUUUUAUUAGAUUCUCCUUUGUAUAUGGACUGCUCUGUAUCUGAUUGUAGGGAUAGCGUCGUAGUUUCUUUGAUAUCGGUUCAGUCCGGACAACAUCCAGACCCAAGCAAACAAUCGAGUCAUGUCCAAGCUAAUGACAAAAGUACUGAAAUGAAACCAUCAAAGGAUAUAAAACCCGGAGAUGAGAAUAUCAUAAAUCCAAAUGCUGAGAAUGACAUUGUUGAUAGCAUUAAGAACAAAUUGAACGAAUUGAGUUCUCAAGGUAGUGAGGUGAGCACAAAGGAGGACAUGGAAGUUUCGAAGAUAACAAAAUCACGAUCUACAUCCCGAUCAGUGUCUCCUGGGUCACAUGACAGUGCAAAUGUUUGGAAAAUCAAUUUUUCGCAAGCGUCACAGGAGUACAUCAAUCAGCAUCUUUUCCGUCAACGAUCUCGCAGUCGUGAUCGUGAUAGCUUGGAGCGUGUUAAACGUGAUAGAUCACAUUAUCAUAAGGAUACAACCAAAUCACCAAGAUUAUCAAGGAAAUGUGCAGCUGAAGCUAAAAAGAAAAGUUCGGAUAAAACAAGACUAGAUUUGGGAAAUGAAGAAAAGGUUGAAGUGGUCGUAGAGAAAAAGGGAAAAAGGUAA